AUGAAUGUGCGACAAACGAGAUCCAGAUCGAAGGCUAACCUCAAUCAGCAACAUAAUUGUGCUGCAUGCGAUCGACCGGACGAUGCAGACAAACAUAUGAUCGAUGACACUGUAGUCGAUCGCAGUUUCAGCUGCAACGCGUGCAAUCUGGUAGAAUCUACUCUACACAACAACAACAACAACAAAUCAGUAUCCGGUUCAUCAAUUAGUUUGGCGAGAGCGAAUCUUUCUAUCGACCUCCAGAAGCUGGAAGAGAAGAAACGAUUGGAUAAGGCUUACUUGGAGAAAAAAUUCAACAAGUUGAAGGCUUCACUGCAGGAGGAACGCGAAGACAUAAGUGUCAAUAGUCGUCGUAGCUGUUGUAGCAGAUCGAAUAGAGUCCAAAAGUGGAUUCAUGAUCAUUGUUUAUCCGAUCCUGGAAUUACAACCGUACCAAAAGUGGUACCAACAGUAGCUGUACCCCAGGAUUCAAGGCCAGUGGUUACUUCGUCCGGCGCAACGAUGGUGAAUUCGACACCUACAGUUCCGGGAUCAACAUCAGUAGGUAAAGCAGUGACGUCAUCGACCAACGGAGGAUAUCAUCAAAUUAUCAACGCGGUCACUACCACUUCGAUGGAGAAUGCAGCGCCAGCGACCAAUGAAAUUGGAGCUAAAUCACUAGGGGCGGUUCCGAAACAACCACGUGCGAAAUCGUUGCCACUGCAAUGUAUGGCUCCUACCUUACAGGGGAAUGGCGUUAUCGUAAGUAGUGCAAUGACGUCCAUUGGAAUGCAUCAUACAGGGCAACCGAUCAUGUCUCCAAUUGAGUACCCGUCGGCAAUGCAACAACCGAUCUACAACGUUAGUCAACAACAGUUGUCAGCACGUUACGUCAUACCGAAAGAACUUCCUGUGUUUGCUGGUGAUCCAUCUGAGUGGCCUCUAUUUAUCAGCAGCUACAAUAAUUCAACUUCAAUGUGUGGUUAUUCAGAUGCCGAAAACCUUAUGAGGUUGCAACGUUGCUUGAAGGGAAGUGCAAAGGAUGCAGUUUGCAGCUUCUUACUGCACCCUUCUUCUGUUCCCAGAAUUCUCUGUACGCUACAGACAUUGUUCGGGGGGCCGGAGCAAAUAGUUAGUUCUCUCCUCAGUAGGGUACGUGCUGCACCUCCUCCUAAAGCGGAUAGGCUAGAUUCUUUAGUGAGUUUCGGGCUGGCUGUUCAAAACUUCUGUGAGCUUCUGCGGGCAGUGGGACUAGAAACGCAUUUAUCUAAUCCUACCGUGAUGCAAGAAUUGGUGGACAAGCUGCCGUCUAACAUAAAGCUAAACUGGGCACUGCAUACUACCCAACAUACAAACGUGGAUCUUGGAGUGUUUGGGAAUUUCAUGGCUACCAUUGUAGCAGCAGCAAGCAGUGUCACAUUGACGACGGCGUGUGAUAAAAAGUACCGUUGGAAGGAGGAAGGCAAACCGAAGGAUAAGGUAUACGUACAAACGCAUUCAACCCCGGAGAAAAACGAUGAGCAGAUGCAUCAAACAAGUUUCAUGAAGAAGGGGGCAGGCAAACAGUGCAUAGUGUGUGAAAAAGCUGGUCAUAAUAUACGGGAGUGUUUUAGAUUCAAGAACAUGUGUGUAGAAGAUCGUUGGAAGGCGGUACGGCAGCAUCAGCUCUGUCGUCGCUGCCUCGGCUCUCAUGGGCGUUGGCCAUGUAAAGCGGAUGUAUGCGGAGUGGAGCGAUGUUCGGAGAAUCACCAUCGUCUGCUUCACUCGCCGAAGCAGAACCCUUCAGAGAGGUCGACAGUUAGCAGUAAUACAGUGUCAUUGCAUCAUCUGUCGCACGAAUCAACACUGUUUCGUGUGAUUCCAAUCACGUUGUAUGGGAAGAGUCGUUCAGUGGAGACGUUCGCGUUCCUUGACGAUGGAUCAUCGAUUACGAUGAUGGAGCAAGAGCUAGCUGAUCAACUAGCCGAACGAGGAAAACCAAAUCAGCUGUGUUUGCAAUGGACUGGUGGUGUUACAAAAAGGAUUAAUGAUGCGCAGGUGAUGACGUUAAAGAUUUCUGGACGCGAUGUGCAAAAGCAAUACACAUUGAAUAACGUUUACACCGUUGACAAUCUGGAUUUGCCUGUUCAAUCAUUUUGUCAUGAGGAUAUGGCAAAGAAACAUCCACAUCUUCAAGGCAUACCUGUAGGAAGUUAUCGGCAAGCGACUCCAAGGGUCCUGAUCGGACUGAGCAAUGUUAAAUUACUUACAUCGUUAAAAACACGCGAGGGUCGCCAAGGAGAACCAGUCGCAAGCAAGACUAGACUUGAUGAAGAGCUGAAUGAGCUCGUGAAGCAAUAUUUUUCUGUUGAGAGCUUUGGUGUGGCCGUAGUUCCAGUAGCUGAGGGGAGUGAAGAUAGACGUGCUCGAAUCAUUUUGGAUGACACGACAGUGCGUACUAGAUCUGGGAAGUUUGAAACCGGAUUGUUAUGGCAGCAUGACUACGUGGAGUUUCCGGAUAGUCGACCAGCAGCAGUUAAAAGAUUAGUUUGCCUCGAACAUAAGUUGAGUAAAAAUAUUAAUUUGUACGAAAAGGUUCGUGAGCAAAUUUAUCAGUAUGAAAUCAAGGGAUACGCGCAUAGAGCAACGAUAGACGAAUUGAAGCGGUUUGAUCCUCGGCGCACGUGGUUUCUUCCGCUUGGUGUGGCUCUGAAUCCAAGGAAGCCAGAGAAAGUGCAAGUGGUCUGGGAUGCAGCGGCAAAAGUCAACGGAGUGUCUCUAAAUUCGAAGUUGAUGAAAGGUCCGGAUCUAACAGCUUCACUCACGGCAGUUUUGUUUCUAUUUCGUCAAAGGCAAGUGGCGAUAACAGGCGACAUAAAGGAAAUGUUCCACCAGCUGUACAUUCGUCAACAAGAUCGGCAAUCCCAGUUGUUCUUGUGGAGAGAUGAGCCGACAAAACCUAUCGAAACUUACGAUAGCCUUGAGAUGCACGUCUUCGUAGAUGCUAGCGAGUUAGCUUAUACAGCACUCAGCUAUUUUCGUAUAAUUGACCGUGGGAUUGUCCGUGUUGCUCUAGUCGCAGCGAAAUCUGAGGUUGCCCCACUCCAAGCUCUAUCGAUACCCCGACUUGAACUUCAGACAGCCGUACUGGGUGUCAGACUGGCCAAAACGGUAGUGGAACAUCACAGCAUACCGGUACAACGUCGUAUAUUUUGGAGUGACUCCAGUACGUCAGAUGAAAAAGAAUGGCGCUGGGUUCCUACCCGAUUAAAUGUGACCGAUGAAGGCACUAAGUGGACCAAGAUUCCAGAUCUUUCACAGCAUGGUCGCUGGUUUAAAGGACCGGAGUUCCUUUACAAGGAAGAAGCAUUCUGGCCGCAACAAAAUCAACACCUGUCAGAAACAACAGAAGAUUUACGAGUUGUUCAUGUUCACAAACAUCUAAUUACUGAACCAUUAGUUGACUUUAGUCGUUUCUCCAGAUGGGAAAGGCUUUUAGGAGCAUUGAGAUACGUGUAUCGUUUCCUCUGGAGAUCUAAAAGGGUCGAUAGCGAGAAUAUAUCAACAAGAGGCGAACUACAAGCAGCAGAGAGAAUUGUGUGGAAGCAGGUACAAAGCGAAGAAUUUCACGAUGAAAUGGUGAUCCUCAAACGUAACCUGGAACUAGUGAGUAGAGAGCAGCAUCUGCAGCUGCCUAAAUGCAGUCGAAUAAUUAACCUAUCACCCUGUCUUGACGAGUUUGGGGUGAUGCGCAGCGAGAGUCGUUUGGAAUCUGCCAACUUCAUUCAGUACGAUGCCAGGUUCCCGAUAAUCCUCCCGAGGGGACAUCACGCAACAAAUCUUUUAUUAGAUUGGUAUCAUCGUAAGUAUAGACACGAGAACGGAGAAAUAAUCGUCAACGAAAUACGCCAGAGAUUUUCCAUUGCACGAUUGAGAAUUGAAGUGUGGAAGGCAGCUAAACGCUGUCAAUGGUGCCGAGUCUUCAAGGCGGUGCCAAAUGCACCACGAAUGGCUGCUCUUCCUCCCGCCAGGCUCAUGCCAUUCAUUCGACCGUUCACAUGCACCGGAAUCGACUAUUUUGGUCCCUAUCUUAUUGAAAUAGGAAGAAGUUGCGUGAAAAGGUGGGUGGCACUAUUCACCUGCCUCACCAUAAGAGCAGUACAUUUGGAGCCUGUAACGGGUUUAACGACAGAUUCAUGUAAGAAGGCGAUACGGAGAUUCAUCGCGCGUCGGGGUGCACCACAAGAGAUUUUUAGUGAUCAGGGGACAAAUUUCAUCGGAGCGAGCAGAGAAUUGAGGGCCGAAGUGGAGGCAUUGAAUAAUGGAUUGGCGAGCACGUUCACAGAUACUUAUACGCAGUGGCAUUUCAACCCUCCAGCAUCGCCACACAUGGGAGGUUGCUGGGAGCGAAUGGUUCGUGCAGUUAAAGCAGCUAUAAAUUGUGUUCCAGAAGCCAGAAAGUUGGACGAAGAGUCAUUUCAUACGCUGUUGACUGAAGCGGAAUCGAUGAUCAAUUCCAGGCCAUUGACCUACAUACCAUUGAAAAAUUCAGAGGAAGAAUCGCUAACCCCGAAUCAUUUCCUUCUGCUUAAUUUGAAGGGAACUUGUCAGCCGAUGAAGACACCAGUACAAGAUGGUAUUGUACUGAGGAGUAGCUGGAACCUUAUUUAG